AUGUGUCCAAUGAUCCUCAAUCGCCUUUCCGACGGUCCUACUAUGGUCCUUUCUCCUCCCCAGGAACACGCUUUCGCUCAGUUCCCUGCCCAGUCGCUGCUGAAUACCCCCGGGAGCUUCCAUGGCUACCCAGCAAGCCCCAGCUCCGUCCUUGCCAACGCCGGUUCGACACAGCCUGCCCCAUCAACUUUCGAUUCGUCCGUCCCUGCCGCGCCCAAGCCCUCCCGGAAGAGGUCGCGUGACGAAGCCGCCUUCGAAGAGGCCCUCGCCCCCGGCGCGCCCGCGGCACCGGCAUCAGCCCCCGCCCCCAAGGAAGAACCCAUUUAUGGAGAGGGAAUGGUACUUUUGAAUCCACGCACGGGACUCGCCAUCUCUGCCGAGAGCCAGACCGGUACAUGGUACGAAGAAAAGACCGAAUCGCAACCGGCGGCUCCCGUCUCGUCGCGAUCAAAUGCGCUACUCUCCGAUGCCGCCGAUCUCAGCCGCAAGUCCCAGCGGUUGGACCAGUCUGCCCCGGGCCUGGAUGACAUUGCACUCUCCUCGAUGCACCAACGCCUCAAUGGGUCCAACUCCGACGCCCAUACCGGACCCUCGCCACCCGCCGAACCCCUCAUCGACGACGCGACCCGCCUCCUUGGUAUUAGCUGGCAGCGCAUUCCCACCGACGACGACAUGGCCCCCGCGGUUCGUGGCUGGACCAAGUACAUCAACAACCAGUACGCGACCCACCUGCGCGACUCGCAGAUCUUCAUGAAGAGCCGCGCGUUGAACGCGUAUCUGGUGGCCGCUACGCCGGUGUCGGCGCCUCUGCCCGCCUUCUAUUUAUUCAGCGAGGACCUUACCCAAGCCCAGCUCGUGGCCUCUUCCUGGGAGAUUUGCCUGCAGAACCUGCGCUGCAACCCCGUUGUCCUCGAGGGUGCCCCCUUGCUCGCCGCCGAUCGAUCCGACACGCCACCCGCCUCCAACCCGUUCACCCCCUCUGCCGACCAGGGCGUGCCGCUCCUCCAACAAGCCCUGCCGGAUCAAUCGCAAAUUCCCACCGGCAUUGAUGCUGGCAUGGGACUGAGCGAAGGCGUAGGAAUGGGAAUGGAAAUUGACUCGUAA